UCUCCCAGGCUGUGCUGAAUGCGGCGGCGUGGGGACCGCUGUGUCUGCCCGGACCUCAAUGUCGGACCGGUUUCACAUUAAGACAAAAUGUAGUAAUAAAUUCCCGGUGUAAUCCAUUGAUUGACAUCAGAUCAGACCCAUUUAAGUCACCUGGAAGAAGAGGAUGGACAUCACCGUUGGCUGACGACUGUUAUCAAGAACAUGGAGACCGUGUCCAUGGUCCAGCCUGUUUCAGCAGUAUGAUUGGAGCAUCUGGUCUUUCAGGGGACACCCUGAUAGCAUGCCACUUCCCUGUGGUCCAGCUUUCCACUUGGCAACUUCCUGUCCAGGCCCUGUGCAGCUCGGCCAAGAGGCCCGGCCGGCUGUGCUCAGUAGGUCUGACCCGAGCUGUGUCCCUCCCAGAGAAAGACUCACUGAACCAAGAGCAUGCCUUUGCACGAAGACGUGUUUCUAACAGCUACGGUAGUCUCAACGAGGACCGAGCAGAGGAGGAAGGGGGCAUUGACAGCAGCGGGAGGUACGACUCCAACUCAUCACCAGAGGAGACAAGUUCCCAUCUGAAGAAGGACAGCUCUGGAGCUAGAGACAGUCUGCGGUUACACAACUCCUUCCUUCCUAAAACAGGGCUGGAUGAGGAUGAGGAAGAUGAAGAUAAUGAUGGAGACAAUCUGCACAGAUAUCAUGAGGACUCCUCUUUUGUGUUGCAUGGAAAUUCCAACUGGCCUCUAAAUAAUGGUGCCAAACAUUAUACAAUGGCCCAAGGGGACAUGGACAGCAAAUGGGGCAAUGAAGGGGCCGUGUUGGGUAGUGAGGGUGACAAAGAGUGGCUCUCUAAUCAGCCUCACCUGCCGGACUCACUGCAGACUGAAUGGCAGUGCUCUCAUGUGAGCGGAUCUGGCAUUACAUUGAUGGCUUAUGAAGAGCAGGACUCAGACAGACUGAUAGAUAACACGUCCUGUAGCCUCUUCAGCCAUCACAAAUGUUCCCCAGAGCUGUUCUCCAACACUCACACAGAGUAUGUCAGCGACUCUUCCUGUAACAGCUCUGAUGGCGUCUUGGUUAACUUCUGCACUAUCUAUAACAGGAGCAACAAACCUGCCACGCCUAAUGACCUCAGCAGUCCCGCAGUUCACCCCUAUCAGUCAUCUGAGGGAUCUGUGUUCCUUAACCUCCAACCAGUUCCUCAGACUCCAGCCAAGGACUUCCAACAUGAUGACAUGACAGUUAAGUGUCCCCCUAAAGAGGAGAUUGACAUGUCCCCCUCUGCUUCCUGCUGGUCUCCUCAGGGCCUUGACUCGAACUGCAAUCUUUACUCCCUGGAGCCGCUACCCCCGGGUCUCUCCUCACUGGAGGUAUCAGACCUGGCCGCCUGUCUCCAAAGCCAGGCAACAUUGGCCAUGGGGACCAACCAGAAGUACUACAAGCUUGUAACUUGUGACCUUUCCUCCCAGUCGCCCAGUCCAGCCUGGUCCAGCAUCACCAGCUGCCCCGAGGGUCAGAGCAGAAGUAGCCCCCUCCCUCGCUCUGAGCACCUCUUAAAUGAUCAUAUGAAGGAAGGACGAUACAAAGAAGUCAAGAAGCAUCAGGAGAUUGAUGAAAAGACGUUCUCCUACACGCAGUGCAGUGCUGGAUUUGACUGCUCUCAGUUUCCGACCAAUGAUUACCAAGUUGCUACCACCUCCACUGAAGAAACCUUCUUCAGCAAGAAACAUACACAAAGCAACCAAGACUUCUUCGACACAACCUGUGCAUUGUGCCCCAGCCAGUGUAGCCCACAUAGCAGUAAAUGCCAAAGCACAAGCGCUGUGUCCACACAGCCAUCUAUGAUUCUGCACAGGAGCUUUGGGAUACUGAGAAGGGAGCAUUUUCAAUGGAAAUGCAGGGUGCGCUACAGUAAAGCCCAGAGGCCAACCUCGCUGCCCAUCCAGCCCUUUGUUCUGGUCCCCACAGGCCAACCCCAGACCCAACACUUGGGCUGUCUUCUAGAGCAGUACAUUAAUCAGAAGAGCAGCAAGUCGGGUAGCUCCAAAACCGGGCCCCCCAAUUUAAAGGGGGCAAAAACCGUCAAGGGCUUUUCUAAUCUUAAAUUCACACAAUGGGCAAACCCAAACCCUAUCCUUGGGGGGUCCUUCGAGCUCUGACCCCCGGGCUCCAAGCAACCGGGCCCAAAAGGUUUCACCCGCAGAUGUGCAUGGAGCAGAAAGGGCAGAAACAAGCACCCCCAAAAGCCCAUGUACAUAAAAAAGGGGGCCUGGAUCCAACCCCGCAGUAAAAAGCUUCACUGGACCAAAAAGGCAAGUUUAAAAACAAGCCCAUACUCUACCACUUUUUUAAACCUGUUUUCAGCACCAAAUCAGUCCAAACUUGUUAAAAGUCCCGCCUACCAGAACCUUAUUACCCUCACCCCUGAGCAGAGCCAUACCAACACUGAGCCCAAUAAGACCCACACCUCCCCCCCAUCCACUUUUUCUCUUUAAAAACCCAUUUUUAUCCUAACCACGGCCCGCUCAUCCCCCAAACUUGCAGGGGUCCUGCCCCCCCCAAACCCGGACAACCAAAAAAAGAAGUUCCCCAGUGGGAGCUGCACCCCCAUCGACUCUGUCUUUUUUAACAGUAUUUUUUACAGUCCCUUUCCCCUAAGUUGUUUUUUCCUCUUUGAGGGGGUCUUUUUUCCCUUGGCUUUCGGUGAAAAAAGGGGGCGACGGGGGAAAGUGGAACCAAGCAGGGUCAAAAGUGAAUCUCUGAUCCUGAGUGACAGGCCGCCCACCGAGUUUGUCCUCCCCCGAAAAUCUUAUGAGCCCAAAGGGCUACACCUUCAAAGGAGAGGUUUGCUGAGGUCUGUGAGCACAGCGGUGGAUUUGAUCAUGGCUCAUUUUGGCAGCAGCAGAGACCCUGACGAAAAGAUGCGUCUUGGUAACAGCUCUUGCAGUCCCACAAUCGCCGGUCUGGCCCUGGAACAUUUGUGUCCAGCAAUUCAGAAUAUUUUAGAGGACGGACUUAGGGAUCACAAACUGGAUUUUAUCAUCGGACAGCGCCGCAACCACUCCUGGAGCGUGGUGGAGGUCUCUACUAGGAUCGGUCCAUCUACCAGGGUCCUCCAAAGCCUGGUCUCCAAAAUCACACAAUGUCCCCAGCUCAGCAGCCACUGUAUGAGACUGAGAGCCUUCAUCAUGGGCCUGCUUAACUUGAGAGCUUUGGAAUUCUGGCUCAGUCACCUUCAGAGUCAAAAAGAUGUGGUGACAACAUACUACCAUUCUUGGGGGUUCCUGUCCAUGUCACUAGGUCAGUGUCAGCCCUUGUUUCAGGAGCUACUACUUCUGCUGCAGCCGCUGUCUGUGUUGCCGUUUGACCUCAACUUGCUCCUGGAGCCCCGACUGUUACGUAACCGACAGCUUUGUGCGGAGGAGCAGGGUGUUUUUCCACCUCCGCCGUGCUCAGCCCUCCUAGUGACCAGCUGGCCACUACUGCAAGCUGACAAAAAGGUAUUGAGCAGCCACAGUCAGCAGACUAAGAUUUCACACCAGACAGGUCUGCAUCUCCAAGAGUCUCUCAGUUCUCAGAAUUACAUCAGGCAAGAUUGCGGAGGGAUGCAGACGAACAGGAGUCCAUUUGUAGCACCUAUUCCAGAGUGGUGGCCAAAAGAGCCUGACCUUAUGGAUGGUGUGAUUGAACGGGAAGACUGUAGCCAGAAUUACGUUGAUAAUUGGUCUCAAAUAAGUAUGGACAGUAGGCAAGAAGAGAAGAGUGGAGAGAAAGACAAUGAGACCCCAGUUACAUCUACUUGUGUCCAGGCUGAGAGUCCAUGUCAGGGUGCACUGCGCUGGGCCAAACUGUUUGGAGCAGCAGAUAUGUCCACCAGGACAGAGACAGAUUCUCAGUUUCACAGUGGAGCACAAACCAGAAGGUACAGGCGACCAUCACAGUGGCUGCAUUUUGACAGAUCGCAGCUUGGACUGUUGGCUCAAUCCAUCAGGUCAUUGAAGCUAGGAGGAACUCAGACUAAGAAGGACUGCUGAAAACUAAACUCUCUGUGGGUGGAGGAGAGAGUGGACCCUAUUUUCUGUAAUAACAAAAAGUCUUAACUGCAUGAUAAUACAUACAUAGUGCUGAACUGAUCAGAAAGCAUAUACAAAUACAGGAUUAUUAAAAAAUAAAAAAUACAGGCCUUUAGGCUAUACAUCAAGCUUUGCGUUGCACCAGCUAUUCGUAAAUCCAUUACUAAGUUUGUUUGUCCUUUGUAAGUGCAUAGUAGGCUAACUAUUAGCUAAUUUCAAAAUAAAUCAGGUUGCACCAUUAAAACUAAAGGAAUGUCUUAACUAGUGAAGAUUUUAGUCAAGGAAACAUCUAUGUAAACAGGAAGUUGCUGUAACAUCACAAGCUAUAGCAUAACUGGCAACAAUAACCAUUUUUAGGUCCAAUUUAAACAUUAAGUCUGUUAACCAUUUGUAAAUGUUGGUGUUACUUUGUAAUAUAUUUUGCAUGCAUACAUGGAAAGAACUGGUUUUCGAGUUAGUACUAUUUAUGUAGUUUAGAAUAAGUAUUAAAUCAUCUAACAGAGGCUUUUUAGCUAGUCGUUUUAGUUAUGUUUAAUCAAGAUCCUUGUAUAAUCGAGGUAUUCUAUUAUGUUUAUGAAAUGUAAUUACAUGGUUUAUAAUAAUAAUAAUAAUAAUACAUUUAUAAACAGCGCCUUCUAACCCCUAAAAGCGCUUUACAGAAAUAAGAGACAGAUACAGGGAAACAUAAAAGUGUAAGUAGUAAUAAAAAACAAAAUAAAA